UGACAAAGAAUUAAAGUUUACAAAUAGUGUAGGGUGUGGUAUGAAUUGUUGAAGUGAGAGUAAGGUAUCAAUAUGUGGAUUUUGGAAAGACUUCCAAUAGGUCUUGGCAUCAUAUUGUUAUUUGUCGUUUACGGUGAAAGUCUUGAAUGUUAUGUGUGCACAUCACAGGAGACAAAUGGAGAGAAGUGCCUCAACACCAUAAAGACUUGUGAACAAGGAGAGGACGUGUGUCUGACAGAGAUAAAGUGGGGAAGUACUCCUUACUGGUCUCAGGGAGCACAGAAGCAGUAUUAUGUUUCAAAGAGAUGCUCAACGAAGUCAGCAUGUGAAAAGAUUAGAAGCAAGAAUAUGCCAUAUUGCACUCACAUCUGGUAUCAGGAUUGGAGGUGUGCUGAAUGUUGCCAGGGUGACCGUUGCAAUUUCUAUGUGUUUCUGAGUGGAAGCACAGCUCGUUCAAGUUUGUUUGUGGUGCUUUCUUCAGUUUCUGUCAUUUUGGUUGUUGGCAGAUUUCUUCAAUAGAAAUGAUUUGGAAAUGAAAUUUCCUUCAUUAUACCGUCCAGCAGUAAUUUGCCUCUCAUUUUUAGCUCCGGAGUUGUGCUAAUUUUAAAGUAGUAUUCGAGGUUCAGCAAACAUUGUAUCUAAGAAAACCUUUGAAUGCAUAUUUUACAUUUUAGGAAACAUUUUUGGAGGAGUAAUAUUCUAUUUUGAUUAUAAAUGUUAUUGUUGCCUUUGACAUGUAAUCUGUCGAAGAUUAUAGUUAUUUGGUACUGUAAGAGAAAUAUUUUUACCAAUGACAGACUUUUCAUUGUUAAUAACUUUACAGAUCUGCUAAGUAAAUAACUGUAUUUUUACUAAUAUGGAAGUUUUUCGAAAGAAUGUGGAACAGUAAAAUGUAUUGCUUGAAACUGGAAGAA